AUGGUUGUUGUGGAUGACAUCUACAACUAUAGUCUUAGUCAGUGCGGUAUCAAUUUUGGUGAUCAUUAUUUACUACAAUGGCAGGUAAUAGGUAAACGAAUCCAUUUUAAACUGAAACUUUCCGGUAUACCCGAGAAUGAUGAUUUUUGGAUUGGUAUCGGAUUUAGUAAAAUUCAAGUAAAUUCUCCGGUAGAUGAAAGUGAAGUAUUAGCAAUCUUAAGACUACAAGGUGCUAUAUCGUUGGAAAUUUUCAGCAUUAAGAGUGGGAAAAUAGAGUCAGCUGAAUCGAUGAGUGAUAAGGAUGAACAAGCUUCUUUAACUUAUACGUACAAGAAUUCGACUUCAUUGGAUUCAAAUUUCACUCGAUCUCUUUAUACCGAUCACUUUUUCAAUAACAGUAUCAAUGAUUGUUCCAUAUGGACGUUUUAUACAAGUCCUGUGCUAAUGAAUGCGACAUUUAUUGAUCCCAUAUUUGAUGCAAUAAUUUGCAAUUUAUCUACUUUAUGCACCUUUUACUCGACCAACAAUUCAUCCAAAAAACUGAACAUACGAAAUCGACGUCAAACAUUUACAACUACUAAUAUCCAAUUAAAUCGAACAAGCAGUUCCAAAAUUCCAAUUCUAUAUAAUCCAGUAAUUAAUCCAAAUUCACCUAAUUAUACAGCUGUAUUGCGUCAAAAUGAAGAAGCAUUAAUGCGAUAUCGAGAUCCUACCUGUAUCUUUCCUGAUCCUUAUUGGUGCAAGAAUUAUGUCAAACAAUAUGUCAACUGGCAACAAACAUACAAUAAUCAUUCAAUUCAGGCAAUUUGCGCACCUCUUAAAGCAUCAGUGGCUAAUGCACAUAACCGAUGUUGUCAAGCAGUACGAUCUACCGGAUGUUGA